AAGGCUUUCCAAUUCACCCACAAAGUUCAUUUUUUUAUAUCCCUGCCAUUUGGCAAGUGGCCUCAAAAGCAACAUCAGAAUGUCUCAGAACCAUUGUUGGUUUAUUGGUUUAUUCCAGGUGGAAAUGCCCCGAUUUUUCUGCUCAGCAGCGGAGAUUCCGGGGGCCAUUUGAUCAUUCAAACGUCUUCAGAACAGGCCGCUGCCGCGCCUCAAAGAGUGCUCAAUGCCGAUAGUCUGCUGAAGGAAACGAACUCAACUUUAGAAGUCGCCUCGGAUAAUGAAGCAGGAUGCAGCAGCAGCAGCAGAACAGCGCCCAUUGGAUCAGACGGAGAGCCCAUCAAGCUGCCCGAAAACUUGGAGAGCUUACCCCGAGCCGACCACUUCCCCACCCAAAGACACCGCUGGAAUACGAAUGAAGAAAUCGCCGCCAUCCUUAUCAGCUUUGAUCGGCACGCGGAGUGGCAGAGCAAAGAGGUCAAGAUCAGGCCGAAAAGUGGUUCCAUGUUGUUGUACAGCAGGAAAAAGGUGCGCUACCGUCGAGACGGAUACUGCUGGAAAAAGCGCAAAGAUGGAAAAACGACCAGAGAAGACCACAUGAAACUCAAAGUGCAGGGAACAGAGUGCAUCUAUGGUUGUUACGUGCACUCGGCAAUUCUGCCAACGUUUCACCGCAGAUGUUACUGGCUUCUUCAGGUAAAUCCGGACAUUGUCCUUGUCCACUACCUGAACGUCCCGUAUCCGGACGACAACAAACUGGCUGUGAUAACACCGAACUUGGCUCUAUGGGCGGAUAAGAAAGAGUGGACUAAGGACGAGUUGGUGUCGCAAUUGAAACCGAUGUUUUUUAGUGAAGAUGAACCCGACCUGAACAACGAACUGGAAAUAUCGAAUUUUAAAUUGCAGACCGCCGAGACGGUGGAAGCGAUCGUAAGCCAGCUAAUGGAAAAACAACGAGUGGCUAGACAAGCAGCUUUAGUGAAACAGUUGGAAUGCGGCUGUCCAGACUCCACUUGUGCCGAUGGAAAAAGCUGUUCGCAUCCAAUGCGCAGGAUAACAUCGGCCAAGUCCGGCUCUCCUCUCCCCAGCUCCAGUACAAAUUCCAGAAAUUCCAGUUCAGAAAGCAACAAUCAGGUGUCUUCUACGACCGGCUCUGGAUCGCUUCACGUCAACAACCACCACAGCACCCCAAGAGUGUAUUCCAGAGACCGAAGCUCCCAGUUAUCCGCGCAAAAUGCCAGUAAUUGCUCAUCCAGUUCCAGCAAUACUCCUCCUCUGGUUUUGAGUUUGUCGCAAAUUCAAGGUAGUGGAGGCCUCCUGAUCCUCAACAGCAAUACCAAUAGUACAAAUCAUCAAAACCUGGUCAAUCCGGUGUCGGUGGCCAACUUCAUGACAUGCAACACCAACCGAGGGAUAAUCAAAGAACAGCGAACAAGCCAUCUAGUGCUCAAGCAGGAAGUAAUGGAUACGACCAGCACGUCUUCGUGUCUGCACGCGGGCAACAGCAAGCAAGAGGCGAAAAACAAACCGCCAACGGAGAGCAAAAUGGAGAUAAGCGAAAACGUCCGACAAUCAUUUUUCGAUGGCAAUAUUUACGGGAACGCCACUGUUCAGCAACAUCCGCAAUCCAGGAACAACAUACGGUCCAUUUUCAGAUCUCAGUCCCAAAGUGAAGUGGUGAUGUCCAGUGCGCCUUCCACUCCUUCCAAAAUGAUGGACACUGGCCCGGACGAUUCCAACAAUACAGACUUCAAGCAACAUCAGAAUUAUUGCGAAAACACCGUGGUUUUGCUUGGUACUGACUCCAACGGAACGCUGGUAAGCAAGAGCGACGGUUCCUCAAUAAUAAACCGGGGAUUUUUCAACGAAACUCUGGAUCUGUCGCAAGAGGACAUUCAGAGAACGCUUUCAGCCAACAUGCCCAUGUGUUCCAACGAGCUGGAGAACCACCACCCCACUCAUCCCUCGGAACCGAACACUGCCACCCAGCAGAUCAAGAAGCAAACUGAACCUGCUAAUCUACCAGGUGAGUUCAGUUCCAUUUCAGCCCCAACAGGAAAGUUGCGGACCAACAGAAGUGACGAUAAUUUCGUCCGAAUUCGUACGAAUCAUUUCGGAUCUAGUGGACGAGCUUUUCUUUUUCUGACGGAAGCAGUUCGGACGAAAACGCAUCCAGCGGCCCACAUACUACACACUAUUAUACCGGGAGUCGAAGCAACUUUUAGAUGCAAACUUGUUGCUCUGGUCCCCUAA